GCUUGACUGACUGAGCCUCCCAGAGGCACCUUUGGUGACAUUUCUACUGCCAGAGGAGGAAUGCACCUUUCAAACAUGAGAAACAAAAGACCAUACGGUGUAUGAUUCUGUGUCUAUGAGAUGUCCAGGACAGGCAAAUCCAGGAGACAGAAAGCAGGUGGCAAGCCUGCAUUCCUGGGAGAUACCAGGGAAGGUCUUACCAUCCUGGAUCACUACUGUUACCGCCAACAAUAGUGACUGCGUGCUCCGUGUGUGUCUGGCGCCCGGAUGAGGGACGAUCUCACUGAGCCCCUGGUGGAUGAUACUGAGGAUGUGUCUUUGGACUUCGGUAAUGAAGAGGAGCUGGCCUUUCGGAAAGCCAAGAUCAGGCACCCGUUGGCCACCUUUUUCCACCUAUUUUUCCGAGUAAGUGCCAUUGUCACCUAUGUGUGCUGUGACUGGUUCAGCAGAAGCUUCGUGGGCUGCUUUGUCACUGUGCUCCUCCUCCUGUCCUUUGACUUCUGGUCUGUGAAGAACGUAACUGGGAGACUCCUGGUGGGCCUCCGCUGGUGGAACCAGAUAGACGAAGAUGGGAAAAGCCACUGGAUUUUUGAAGCCAGAAAGGCCUCUCCGAACCAGACCGCUGCCACCGAGGCGGAAGCUCGCAUCUUCUGGCUCGGCCUCAUCAUCUGCCCGCUCAUUUGGAUCGUGUUCUUUUUUAGCACCUUAUUCUCCUUGAAGCUCAAGUGGCUGGCCCUUGUGAUAGCUGGGAUUUCUCUCCAAGCCGCGAACCUGUAUGGCUACAUCCUUUGUAAGAUGGGAGGCGAGAGUGACAUCAGCAAAGUCGCAGCCAGUUUUCUGUCCCAGACGGUGUUCCAGACGGUGAGCUGCUUUAGUCUUCCUCCUGGACCCCUGCACUCCACACCCUUCGAGUGCGGGUGGCCUCCGGGCAAAUGCAGUUGGAACCUGUUCCCUAUCAGCUAGGCUGCUGGGGUCAGUGGUGUGUGUGUGUGGGUAUUAAAAUCGGCACAACAUUACACUGACCACUUGGACCGUUUUUAAAUGUACAGGUCAGUGGUGUUAAGUACGUUUGUGCGGUCACGCCACCUUCAGCACUGUCCCUUUCCAGAGCCUCCCCAUGACACAGUGAUUCCUGGUCUCCCCUCCCCAGCCUCCCACCAUCUACUUUGCUCUACGAAUCUGACUCCAGCAGGGCCCUUGUGUAAGUCCUUUCGUGAUGGCCACUGUUAGUGUUGAGUGAUCUAAAAACUACAGAAUUAAGUACUACACACACGCCAUUUUUUUUAACCUAGCAUAUAUUUCCAGAAGUGUGAGAUCUUUUCAAAUGGACGGUCUGAGCCAUCUUAAAAUUUGAACAAUGCUACUUUAUGCCAACACAUUGAGCAGUGAGCCCUGUGGGCUUUCGGUUACAUUGUGGGUUUGCUCUGGGCCUUGUAUCAGCAGAGUCAGGCCCCUCACGUGUGAGGACAAAGCCCCAGUUGACUUUUCUCCUUACAGGCCAGCCCAGGUGACUUCCAGAAGCAUGGCCUCGAGGGGCUGGAGAUUCACAAGCAUUAGGUAAGAGGCAGGACAGAGGUGGGGGCUGGGGCUCCGCUGUGCGGGGCGGCUAGGGUGCACAGUGGGGAGGGAGCUAGCCAGAGGUAUCUGGCCGCUGGACCUUCCCCCGGUUUCCCGGUCCCCCUCCCCUUCCUCACAUGGAACAGACACAAACUCCACCACGGGUGCAGGCCAGAGACAGGGGGAUGGGAAUGAGGGGAGAGGGAGCGAACGAAGGGAUCUGCCCAU